AUGCAAGUUGUCUGGGAAGCGGACACUGCGGCCUUUGCCAGCCGCAAGAGAGCAGCACGGGCAUGUCAGAAAUGUCGAGCUGCCAAAAAGCGGUGUCACCACACCUUUCAACGUCCGCCAGAUCAGCAAGCCGACACGGAUGGGCUGGAAAGAGUACUGCCCAACCUGACUCACAAAGAACCCAUCCGCUUUGUCGGUGACCUCAACCCAGAGUCGAUAUUGACCGAUCUAUCAUCACGCAAACAGGGCACGCAACGUAUCAGUAGAGUCGGUACUUGGAUUGAACAGUCGCGAGAUGUCCAGGAUAGCUUGCCGCCAGACGACCUGGGGCCUCCUCCUCCACAGAAGUCAGGGGAGAAAACACCGCUGAAUGUCGAAAAGUAUGGCAAAGUGGAGGGCGGCCGCAGGACGUUGACUGGCCACCAACGGAACUAUUUACAGGCUGUAGGAGCCUUCCGGGUUCUGCCAAAAGCCACUCAGGAUGCCAUGAUUACCACUUACAUCGCAUGUUUUGAUGGACUCCUGCCGAUACUAAACGGCAUGAAGCUACUCAAAGACUAUAGCGAAGGCCGAUGCUCAAUAUUCUUGAUGCAAGCGAUAUGUCUGGUGACUUGCAAGACUGAAGAGGCGGCAGCGUACUUGCGACUCUAUGAUGACGGGCCACUUCUCGAUCCAAUCCCGUUCGCUCGGAGCCUGCACACAGGCCUGGACGCCGCAAUGAAGGCAGAUCUCGAACCUGACCGAGUCACGAAGAUCCAGAUCCUAACUUUGAUGCAUCUGCAUAAUGAUGGUCCGGGCGGAAUCGAGGACUCUUCUCUACACCUGUCCAUGGCGAUCCACGAUGCAUGGACCUCUGGUCUACACAUCCACACCCCUGGAAGAACACUCAAAGAUCAGUCAAGCAUGCUGUGGUGGACCAUCUGGACGCUUGACAAGAUUAACGCUUGUCUAGGCGGUAGGCCGAUCGUGAUUGCGAACAGGGAUAUUGAUAUAUCCCGCCCGCCGUUGGAAAGCACGAUUCCAAGAAGUAAUGUUAUCAACAUGUGGCUUAGGCUGGGCGAUCUCCUCGAUGACGUUAUUGAAUUCUACAGACCGACUGCAGACCCAGAUUGCACUGGAUGGGAGACAGAAUUUCCCACGUACGAUUCUCUGGCGGAGGGGAUUGAUCCCGACUUACUCCAUGGGUCCGAACAAAACGUUCUGGAGAUCUGCUACCUCGUCAUCUCGAUUCUCUCGUGUCGCGCUGGCGGUCCGACAACUGCAAGCUACGCGCGCCGUAUUUCCGCCGCCAGCCGAAUCCAAGACCUUCUUUCUGAUGGCAAGCACUUAUCAGUGCCACCACUUCCGCUCAUUCCAUACGCAGUCGGUCUGACGUUGACCGUGACCUAUCGGGGCCUUCGCGACAACGCCUUUGAAGACGGUGAGCGGGCUCAAGCAGACCUGGCAACGAGAUGUGAAAUGCUAGAAGCGUUAAGCACGUAUUGGUGGACAGCCGACGCCAUGGCCCGGCUUGGAAGGAAAGCACUCAAGAGUCUCAAGGAAACGGGUGUGAGGAAAGCCAGCGUCGCAAAUAUCGCCAACGCGAUGGAAGCCGAAGUCACUGCCUGUAAAUUCGGACCUUUCGAGGGAAAAGGCCACCACCCUAGCUACGCUGCUUCUCCUGCAACAACAUCUGGAAGCACGCGUGGUCCUCCUACAGUUGCAUCAUCCGGCAGCGGCGGAGGUAAUGGACUGCACGUCCUCUCUGAUGCCGCAGCCACACACUCCAAUGCCACACCAGGAGCGGGAAAAGCAGUCUCUCCCUCCACCGCACGCAGCGGCGGCCGAAGAAGUCGCACCGCUGCUACACCGACAUUAACAGGCACGCCAACUCUCGACUCCCCCACAACAACCGCUAACACCGGCACCGGCACCGGCACCGGCGCGGCCACUCCCCAACACGUAGGGAAUAACUAUACCUCCGCGUAUAGCCAGGUCCCUGCCUCGAACGGCCCAGCCACCUACAACAUCAACUCGAAUCGACCCUCCAGGCUACCCAUGCCGGGAUAUAUCUCACUAAACGGCAACCCCCACGCCUCUUCUACUGCCAUCUCGUCGCACCCAUUCACGUCCGGCUCCGGCUCCAUGGCCGCCCCCUUCAAUCCCGCUGCAAUGGACUCGCACCCUUCCUUCGAGCUCUACGACUCUUCAUUCAACGACCUCGACAAUCUCUUCGAAGGCUUCUUCGACCUCUCCAUGCCGACGAUCUGGCAGGACCCCUUGUUCGACGGGGACGCCUUCUCGAGCGCGGACCUGGAUCUGGCCAUGGGCGGGGUGGAUACCUCGUUGGCAGGUGGCAUGCAUGACGCCACCACCGGAGGAGCAGGUGGCUAUGAGACUGGCGCGGCUGACACCAGCGGUAUGCUCGGUGGUGGUGGAGGGACUGGUGCGAUGGGCGGUGCAAAGAUGACAGGGAGUGUCACUACGGGAGCCCAGUCCGGUGGGGGUUAUCCUGAGAUUGCUAUGCAUUGA